AUGGCUUCUCAAACUCCAGCCGAGGAGCGGGCCGGCGGUCCUGCCGUCGACGCGAUUGAGCCCAUCCCCGAACCAUCAGCACCGGCGAACACGGUCCAAGAAAAGGCGGCAAAGUUCCUCGCAGAGCACGGAGGCGGUGACACGACUUUUACAUACGAGGAAGAGCAAGCCGUUCUGAAGCGGAUCAACUUUCGCAUUCUUCCCUUGAUUCUCGGAGCGUAUUUCUUUCAGCAGAUGGACAAGAGUUCCCUUAGUUAUGUUUCCAUCUUCGGCAUCAAGGAAGACGCACACCUCGUCGGCAAGCAGUACUCCUGGCUCGGUUCUAUCUUGUACAUCGCUCAACUCGUCAUGCAACCCGUCGCUGCUUGGAUCCUCGUCAAACUCCCCAACGGAAAAGUCAUCGCUGCUGCCAUCUUCCUUUGGGGCUCUUCACUGGCCAUCAUGUCUUCCUGCACCGACUUCAAAUCACUUCUCGGCUUAAGAUUUAUGCUCGGGUCCUUCGAAGCUAUGAUCGCGCCGUCGUGCUUGGCUGUUACGACUACCUGGUGGAGAAGAAGCGAGCAGACACUCGUCACUAGUUCGUGGAACGCCAUGAACGGUGUAACGUUCAUCGUCGGAAGUCUCUUCACCUAUGGUCUGGGCCACAUUAACAGCGAUAAGCUCUACAAGUUCUGCGGCUUGCUCACCGUCACCUACUCCGCCGUUGUGCUCAUCUUCAUGCCCGACUCGCCAAUGUCUGCCAAGUACCUGACCGAGAGAGAAAAGGUCAUCGCCGUUGAGAGACUUCGUGCGAACCAGAUGGGCAUUCAGUCUGGAGUCUGGCGCUGGGACCACGUCUGGGAGACAUUCCUUGACUUGAAGACAUGGUGCUGGUUUAUUCUCAUCAUCGCUAUUUCCAUCGCCAGUGGUGGAAUCUCGACCUUUGGUAACUUGAUCGUUCAGUCAUUUGGAUACAGCAGUUUCACUACCAUCCUGUUCAACAUUCCGUUUGGAGCCAUCCAGAUCAUCGCCAUCAUGGGAAGCGGCUGGAUUGCCACUCGGAUCCAAAAGAAGGGCAUCGUCAUUGCAGGCGUGGCAAUCAUCCCUGCCAUCGGUACCGUCCUGAUGCUUACCGUACCGCGUGAGCACAAGGGCGUCUUGCUGUUCGGAUACUACUUGGUCUCUGCAUUGGCUGCCAUCACGCCUCUCAUUUUCACAUGGCAGGCACAAAACACCGCUGGUGACACCAAGAAGAAGACUACAUCUGCUGUUGUCUUCAUCGGGAUGUGCACAGGCAACAUCAUUGGACCGCUGUUGUAUUCCGUUGAUGACGCCCCGGUGUACCGUCCCGGUUUGAUUUCCAACCUUAUCAUGUUCGUCCUCGUUGCAAUCUUGGGAGCCCUUAUUCCUCUUUACCUCAAGUACCUCAACGUUCAGCACGCCAAGCGUCGUGAAGCACUCGGCAAGAGCACACUGAUCGUCGACGAGUCGAUGAUGCGCAACAAGGAUAAGCAGGAGGGCAAGGCGGUCGAGAUCGAAGAGGACCCCCAACCUCAACACCGUGCUAUUGAGGAAGACCACGGCCUGCAGGACAUGACGGAUCUAAAGAACGAGGAUUUCAUCUUUGUGUACUAG